CACUGGGCGGGCUCAGCCUUUGCCCUUAACCUCUUCAAGUCCUGGCUGGCGAGCGCCAUCCUGGCCGGCAUCCUGGCCUUCACCACCGCCGGCGGGCUGGGCCAGGCGGCCAGCCUGCUCGACCGGGACGCGGGGCUGGCGUUGUGCUUGUCGUCCCUGGUCGGCAUCGUGGUCGGCGACACCGCCUGGCUGGCGUCCAUCAGGAGACCGCUGAUCGGCGCCCGCCGGGUGCUCUUGGUGGACUCCCUGAAGCCGUUCAUCGCCGCGGCCGCGGGCGGCUUCGUCUUCCGCGAGGAGGCCUCGGUCUGGAGCUUGGCGUCGAUGGCGCUGGCCGUGGCCGGGGUGCUGAUGGUGUCGCUGGAGCGCGAGGGCCCCCGGAAGGAGGCGUGGGGCCAGAGCGGGCGCCGUAGGCUCCUCGGCUACGUGCUCGCGCUGCUCACCGUCGCGCUCGACGUGGUCGGGGCGGUGCUCACGAAGGGCUUCGGCACGGGCCUGAGCCCCUGGGCCAGCCGCCGUCCGCUUCGGCUUCGCGGCGCUCUGCCUCGGGGCGAUUGCGGCUGCUGGCGCCGCGGCGCACGCGGCGCGCGGCGCGUGGCGUCGGCGCGCUGCGUGCGGCACCGACGAGGGCACCGCCGCGGCGGAGGCGAGCACCUGGCGCCCCGAGGCGGCACCCGGGCCGCGGUGGUUCCGGCUGCCAGCGCAGAGCGCGCGCAGCUGGCGGCGCUCGGCGGCGGGGGUCGUGUUCAUGACGGUGCUGUGUCCCGCGCUGAGCAACCUGGCGCUGCUGACCCUGCCGGCCGUGGUUCGCUGGCCACCCGCGGCGGCCCAGGGUGCGGCAAUGAGGUGCGAUUCACAUGGGGAGGUCCGAGG